ACAAUAGCCGUGUGUCGUGUGAAUAGGCUAUUGGAUCCGUUAAAUGCUCGACAACUGACACGUGAAGAGUUGUCGGUAGCCAUGAGUGCGGACACGGAUGAGACGGCAAACUCGGUGUUCGUUAACUUCAAUCAGGACUCGUCUCGACUCUUCAACACAACUCAACUCAACUUCUCUUCACUUCCAGAAUUGAUUCGUGUCGAGUCCUCCGAAGGCUCCAAAGUGGUCGAAGUGGACGCCGACGAGUCGACCGAAGCCUUCAUCAAAAAGAUCCAAAUUGCGUUCAGUUUUGACGACUUGUUUGGAUUCAAAGUAUUCAAAGACCGCAAACAUAGCGUUCAGAUCCCACUCUUGGAGAGGAAGACAGUGAAACAGUUUGGACUCACUAACGGAGAACGAGUCUAUGUUGUCAUCACUAAGAGUGCCACCGAUGGCCACAACAACACCGACAGCAACGCCAACAACAACAACAUCGCCGCCGAACGCAACCACAAAGUGGUUCACAUCAAUGAUCACAUCGAAGACCUGACCAAUAGUAUAGCGAACGGCGCGGAGAGGCGGACAGCCGAGGAUGAGGUGGACGUGUUAUUGUACGGCCAGUCGGGUGUGAUUGAAAGGCCUCCGGACCCGACGGCCUGCAAACACGGCGCUAACGCCAAGUGUGUUCACUGCACGUCACUCGAGCCCUACGACGAGACAUACCUUAAAGACCAUAACAUCAAACACAUGUCAUUUCACACGUAUCUCAAGAAACUGACGACUGGUAUCGAUAAGGGCAAAUUCGCGAUGUUAGAGAACAUCAGCUGUAAAAUCAAGUCCGGGUGCGCGGGUCACGCCCCCUGGCCGGCGGCCAUCUGUACGAAGUGUCAGCCGUCGGCCAUUACGCUGAACCGUCAGGUGUACCGACACGUCGAUAACAUAAACUUCGAGAACCCAUCGAUAGUCGAAAAUUUUAUAAAUUAUUGGCGAACCACUGGCUAUCAGCGGAUCGGCUACCUCUGGGGCUAUUACAGCGCCCAUAAGGACGUGCCGUUGGGUAUCAAAGCGACAGUAGUGGCCAUCUAUGAGCCGCCGCAGGAAAGUAGUCGCGAUUUUGUGAAACUCGUGGCUCCGGACAAGAAGAACGAAGACGUGGAGUUCAUUGCGAGCCAACUGGGGCUCCAACGGAUCGGUUGGGUGUUCACUGAUCUGAUCACUGAAGACCUGCAGAAGGGAACGGUUAAGCACUUGCGUAAUAUGACGACACACUUCCUGUCGGCUCAGGAGUGCAUAAUGGCUGGCUUUCUGCAGAACAAUCACCCAAACCGGUGCCGCUAUUCCCCGGACUCGCACUUUGGCUCGAAGUUCGUGACCGUCUGUAUAACCGGUGAUAUGGAGAACGCGGUCCAUAUGGAGGGCUAUCAGGUGUCCAAUCAAUGCAUGGCAUUAGUUCGCGACAACUGUUUGCUGCCGACCAAAGACGCCUCUGAAUUGGGUUACGUUCGGGAGUCAAGUGUUGAUCAAUACGUUCCCGACGUGUUCUACAAGGAUAAGGACGGCUACGGGAAUGAAGUGCAGCGAAUCGCUCGACCCCUUCCCAUAGAGUACCUGUUAGUAGACGUUCCCAUCUCCACACCAAUGGAGCCAAAGUACAGCUUUAAUCCAUUGAAACACUUGAAACCAUUUCCAAUUGAGAACCGUUUGCUUGAGGGACACAUCCAGGACUUCAACGCACUUUCCACUUAUUUGCGACAAUUCAAUGGACAGCAGUUCCUCGAAGCCAUGUCUGACUUUCAUUUGCUUAUAUAUCUCACAACAAUGGAUGCCUUACCUCUGAAGGAGACAAUGAAACCAUUGCUUGAGGCCAUCAAGACGUCCAACCCUGCGAUGGCUAAUGAAUGGGCGCGAAGUGAUCAGUGGCUAACAAUCGAGCAGCUAAUGCUCGCCAACAGUUCCGCCCCGUCGACGUCGUCAUCACACGCGGCCACUGCCGACAUGUCGUCGUCGACGGUUGCGUCGGCAAUGGAGGGCCCGAAGUGGUCGUGCAGUUACUGUACGUUUGAAAACGAUGGCAACAAAAGCACGUGUGAAAUGUGUAGUUUACCCAAAGAGACGUAAUCUUAGGGUUUAGAUAAUAACAAUUUAUAUACUA